GUGGCUGGGAUGAGACAAUUCCACCUGAAAUGACAGAAAUUUGGAAAAACUGGGUCAAAGAUUUAGCCCUUCUGGACAACUUUAGUGUCAGAAGAUGCAUCACACCCAAAGGAUUUGGGGAAAUAAAAGGUUCCCAACUGCAUCACUUUUGUGACGCCAGUGAAAUUGGAUUUGGUGUUGUAUCUUAUCUUAGGCUAUCUAAUGACAAACAUGAAGUGUGUGUUUCCUUUAUUAUGGGUAAAGCAAGGGUAGCGCCAUUAAAACAAAUCACUAUACCACGACUUGAACUUGCGGCCGCAGUUUUAGCUGUGCGUCUGGACAAAAUGCUGUCAUGUCAACUUGGACUCAAUCUGAGUGAAUCAAUCUUCUGGUCUGACAGCACAACCGUCCUGCAGUACAUUGCAAACACAACGGCAAGGUUUAAAACAUAUGUAGCCAACAGAGUAUCCAUCAUUCGUGAUUUUACAAAAGUUACUCAGUGGAAAUACAUCAGAUCAAAGCUAAAUCCAGCUGAUGCAGCCUCUCGAGGCAUGAAAGUUGGCUCUUUUUUAAAGACUUCCACCUGGAUCGGUGGGCCAGAGUUCCUCACAAAGCCUGAAACCCAAUGGCCAGCAGGAAUUGAGGAAUUACCUGUUCAUUUAAAGACUGAUCUAGAGGUCAAAGAUGGGGUCCUGACGUGUGCAGCUGUCCUGGAAGAAGUGUGUCCCAUCUCUAAACUGCUCAUGUACUUUUCCAGUUGGACAAAGCUAAAAAGAUGUGUAGCAUGGAUCCUGAAAAUAAAAGAAAAGCUACGAACAAAGAAGUUACCAACUGCACAUUGUGAAGGUCAAAUGUGUGGUAAACAGGACAAUAAAAUGGAUGCUCAGCUCACCACUGAUGAUCUAUCCAAGGCUGAGGAAGCCAUAGUGAGCAUUGUGCAGAGAAAACAUUAUGGCAAUGAAAUGGCUGCCCUGAGUUCUGGUGCAGUGAAGAAGUCAAGUCAUCUGUACAAACUUGAUCCUAUUGUUACUGAUGGUGUGUUAAGAGUGGGCGGCAGACUAAGCAAAGCAGCAUUACCUGAAGAAACAAAACAUCCUGCAAUAUUGCCUAAAGGAAAUCAUGUUUCGAAGCUCAUCCUUCAACACAUCCAUAAAAAGGUUGGACACAGAGGAAGAAAUCACAUGCUUUCUACCCUUCGUCGAAAGUACUGGAUCCCUCAUGCUAAUUCAGCAGCCAGAAAGAUCAUCAGAGACUGCAUGGUGUGUCAAAGACAACGACAAAAGCCAGAUUCCUGCAUAAACGCUAUCAGGAGAUUCAUCUGCCGCAGAGGUCAAGUCAAGGAAAUCCGAUCGGACAACGGAACCAACUUUGUCAGCUCAAAUCGUGAGUUGAAACAAGCCCUGUUAGAGCUAAAGCAAAGCAAAAUUCAAAAUUGCUUAGCACAAGAUGGCAUAAAGUGGACUUUCAACCCUCCUUAUGGAGCCCAUCAUGGGGGUGUAUGGGAGCGCAUGGUGCAGGAAAUAAAAAGAGUACUGUGUUCCAUCACAAACCAACAAGUAUUAGAUGAUGAAGGCUUGCACACAGUUUUAUGUGAAGUGGAGGCUAUAUUAAAUGAUCGCCCAAUUACACCUUCUUCUGAAGAUCCCAAUGAUUUAGAGGCUCUUACUCCAAAUCAUUUGCUCCAGUUAAAAGGUAAGCCUGUGCUUCCGCCAGGUUUGUUCAAACAGGAGGACCUGUACAUGAGGAGACGUUGGAGGCAAACCCAAUACAUUGUGGAUUUGUUUUGGAAACGGUGGGUGAAAGAAUAUCUCCCUAUGUUGCAAGAACGACGGAAAUGGAACAAGACUUGUAGGAACUUUGCCAUUGAUGAUGUGGUGCUUGUGGUUGACGAGGCUGCACCAAGAAAUUCUUGGCCUAUUGGACGCAUCACAGAAACCAUGGCAGAUUCAAGUGGAUUAAUUCGACGUGUUCGAGUCAAGACGAGAACAAAUGAGCUGGAGAAGCCGAUUAACAAGAUAUGUCUCCUGCUGGAGGCUGUGUAGAGACAACAAAAAGUGUUUGUCUCCAACUGAGCUAAGUUCUGGAACCUCUGGCUCUACAUUUACACUGAUACACAUUUACUGACAUGCUAAACAUCUCAUUCUGCUACAUACAUCUUUUUACACACACACAGACCAUGAACGUGGACAAAAGAAAACCCUUAGCGUCAUGGAACAUUGACUGUUUUUUGUUUUUAUAUUGUCACUAAGAAGACAUGUGGACUACAAAAAAAAAAAAUGGACUAUUGUAUAAGUUGAUGUUGAAAUUAAUUUUGUUCAUUGAAAAGUAUUGAAGCACUAAGUCUGCUAAUAUUAAAUUUGCAUUUGUUAAUGGCCACUUCUGUAGAUAUUAGAUGUAAUUCUUACACAUGAAUUAGGGGCCGGGAUGUCGUGGCCAUUUAUGUUAAAUUUUGUGAAUUAUAAUUUGUAACAAUUUAGUUUCUUUUUUGGGGAGUUAGAAUUUAUUUAAGUUGAUUUAGAAUUGACAUUUGUAAGAAUUUUGUAUUUGGAAUUAUUUAGAGUGAGACUAUGUUAAUUGUU